CUUAGCGUAAAUUCCAACUGAAACGAGUUUCUUUGAAUCCCUCCCUCCUAAUGCUCCUCACACGCUUGCGUCUUCUCCAAAUCACUGCACUUUGUCGUAUCGCUAAUGAUGUGAGAGCGGGCGAACAGCACGAGAGGCCCCUUCCCCCACUUUCGGAACUUCAAAGAGAUGAAAUGCAGUCCUUUCCACCACCAAUGAUAGGUGCCGAUCAUAUAAAGGAGGGAAUGCAAUCAAUUCCCGACCUCUUUACGAAUGCGCGGGAUUCCGACGGGGGGGAAUUGCGCACGCAGGGCCUCUCGGAUUCCUCUUCCUCCUCAUUCCCCAAUGACGACGCGAAAAAGGAUAUGAGGAUGUCAACCUUUUUUGACCUGCAGAAAGUCCUGAAAUACUGCUUAUCGAUGGGGAAGAAAAAGACACACCAUCCCUUUCUUCGCUUGGAGGACGUUUUACUCCACACAGAGGUUCAAAAUGUGGAUUUGGUGGAUCAAAUGGUGGAUUCCUCGCAAAACCGACUGGAGGUGCGGCUAAAUUUGAAUAUUAAACCCAAACGCACGCCUCGGGCGGCGGUGGUAUUCGUCGACGGGGAUGAGCUCUCCGCGGUGGCCGUGGAUGAUAUGUGCACAACGCUCAAUCUUAUUAAAUCGGCGUGUACAAUGUAUAUCAUUCGACAUUCAGAAAGUAUUCCAUUAUCGAGUGUCGAUCAUAUUUCACCCAAUAAGGUGCCGACCUUUCUCACGAUUGAAAAAAAAGCGCACGAAUUACGACUGCGUAAUCCUGGUAUUCUGCAAGAUAUUAUUUAUAUGUGCUCCGGCAGACAAUAUACAAAGUACGAAGAGCAUGUCGCACGUCUAAAUGAAUUCCCCGAUGCCGAUGUGUAUGUUUGUUGUCCUAGUCGAAUCGAAAUUGUACAGCCUAAGAGAAUUAUACCUUUUCGUCCAGACCCUACAACAUCCUGAAGGAUCAUUUUAUACUACGUAAAGUACGGUAGAAUAUCGA